GGAAAAGGAAAAUUCAAAACGGCUAUUUGUACUGAGAAAUUUUAAGCAACCUAAUUAUUAAAAAAAAUAAUUUGUUUUUUUAAAUAUAUUAUAGCAAUUAUAUCAACAAUGAACAGAAAGUGCUCAAAUAUUUACAUCAUGUUUAGGUUUUAAAUAUAUAUAUNAUAUAUAUAUAUAUAUAUAUAUAUAUAUAUAUAUUUAAAUAAUCAUUUAGGUUGUAAAUUUAAACGUAUUGUUAAAGAAUCCUUAUACAUAAUAUAAGAAAGGAAAUGGAUAUAUUCUUUCUUAAUUAUUUCAUUGUUUCAUUGGUGAUAUUAAUUUCACUGAAAGGUAGGUUAUUUGUCAUAAUCUAUACAAACAUUUUUUAGGAAUUUGAAGUUUACUUAAUAUUUAUGCAAGUAUGCAGUUUACUGCUUGGGUGAAUUUAAUUUUUUUCAGGUGAUCUAUGUAUGUAUGAAUGUUAGUAAGUAUGUAUGUAAGAAUGUUAAUAUGUAUGUAUGUAUAUUUGUAAUUAUGUAUGUAUGUAAUUAUGUAUGCAUGGAAUCAUGUAUGAAUGUAAUUAUGUAUGUAUGUAAGUACAUAUGAAAUUAUGUAUGUAUUUAGGUAUGUAUGUAAUUAUGUAUGUAUGUAAUUAUGUUUUUAUGUAUGUAUGAAUGUUUUUAUGUAUGUAUGCAUGUAUGUUUGUAUGCAUUUAUGUUUGUACGUAAGUACUUAUGUAUGUAUUUAUGUAUGUAUGUAUGUAUGUAUGUAUGUAUGUAUGUAUGUAUGUAUGUAUGUAUGUAUGUAUGUAUGUAUGUAUGUAUGUAUGUAUGUAUGUAUGAAUGUAUGUAUGUAUGUAUGUAUGUAUGUAUGAAGGUAUGUAUGUAUGUAUGUAUGUAUGUAUGUAUGUAUGUUUAUAUUUAUGUAUGUAAUUAUUAAUGUUUAAAUAUGUAAUUUAAUUAUGUGGAUGGAUAUUUAUCUACCUAUCCAUGUAUCUAUCUUCUCUCUAUCUAUCUGUCAUUUUAUCUAACUUUCUACCAAUUUAUCUAUCUAUCUAUCUAUCUAUCUAUCUAUCUAUCUAUCUAUCUAUCUAUCUAUCUAUCUAUCUAUCUAUAUAUCUAUCUAUCUAUCUAUUUAUCUAUCUAUCUAUCUAUCUAUCUAUCUAUCUAUCUAUCUAUCUAUCUAUCUAUCUAUCUAUCUAUCUAUCUAUCUAUCUAUCUAUCUAUCUAUCUAUCUAUCUAUCUAUCUAUCUAUCUAUCUAUCUAUCUAUCUAUCUAUCUAUCUAUCUAUCUAUCAUCUAUAUAUAUAUAUAUAUAUAUAUAUAUAUAUAUAUAUAUUGAACAAUUAUUGUAAAAAUGUAUACAUUUCGCGAUAAAAUGUGGCUUGGACAUGAGAAUUAUAUAAUAUUGUUUAGGGUGUGUAAAAUAUGCGAUGGCACACAUCAGUGGUUACAAACCAAAUGUUGAUUUUAUAAAUGAUUUGUCCAAUUAAAAAUAAAGUUUGUGUAUCUGAUGAUAUCGAUUUAUGACUUUUGCCUCAGGCAGCACAAUGUCAUCCACAGUAUUGGUGGUUGAAUGUUUUUUUUUUUCUUCAAAUUUUUCAAAGUUCAAGUAUAUUACACACCGGAAAUAAUUGGUAUACAGAUGAAAGAAACAAUUUUUUUUUUUUGUAAAUGGCACUUUAGUUGUUUUUUUUAUGUUAUAGCAUUUUAUGAGAUAAUUAUGGCCAAAAUGUGGUUUUGUGAAAUUUAAAAUGUCACUUAUGGGGUAAUGCAGAAUGAUACUUGUGUAAAUUGUAGCAGUCUGACACAUUAUCAAAGAAUCAGGAUUAAAAUUGCAGCUAGUGUUUACAAGUUAGUGGAAUACCAACCCAGUCAGCUUUGUUGCUUUCAAAAUUAGUUAGUUAAAUAGGUCUUUGCUACGUUUAAAAAAAAUCAAAAUUCAUUCUCUCAACAUGUCCAUUUUCCUUCGCACCAAUAAUAUAUAAAUAUUGCCUGCUCCUGCGUUCUGUUUGAACACGUUUUAGCCUUCAAAACUUUCAUGGAGAUGGAUGGUGUCGUAUUUCCUUAUCUAAGUGAUCCCAGAUGUCUCACGGAUUUGGCUUUCCUUGUGGAUGUUUCAUGGGAGCUGAAUGUACUCAUCAAGAGGUUACAAGUAUAGGGGCAGCUUGUCAGUGUUGCCUCUGACAAUGUCAGGGCAUUCUGCCCAAAACUUAAGUAAUGGCUCUUGUAGGAAACUUCUUAAAUUUCCCAACAUGCAAAGUACUCAUGGACACGUGCACAACAUUCAAUAGUAAGUAUGCUGAUGAAAUUGAAAAGCGACAAUAAGAGUUCAAUCAAAAGUUUCUAGACUUUAUAACACACAGAGGCACAUUAAAAAGAUUUUCCCUUUUUCUACUUUAAUAUGGAAGAUGAUAUUUCUUUUUGCGCUUCAAAUGAAGGUGAUUGAUCUUCAGUUCAAAUUCAGGGAGGUAAAUUGCAAGUUCGUUUUUGGGUGUACAUAUCUGUGUGAAAAGCUCUUGUCCACUUUGCACUUUAACAAGUCAAAGGUCAGUGUCAAACUUACUGAUGAACAUCUUCAAACUUUACGUGGAUCUCAGUUGCUUCAUACCUCAAGCCGAAUAUUUUUCAGCUGUUUUAGACGAAGCACUUGCAGGUCUCUGACAACAAGGAGUAGUAGAGAGUAAGUGAAGGCUAGUUCUUGAGAACCCUUAAUUUUUUUUAUUUGUUAUUGAUAAAGGUUUAGCAGAUUUUAAUAGUUGUACUUUAGUGAAUUUCUAAUUGCUUUGUGUAAUACUUGAUUUGGUCGAGUCUCGCUCAGAGUCUACCUGCCGCGGCUUCCGGAUAUUUCGAAUAUGAUACUCCUGCUCUACAGUAUGUUCAGAAUUUAUUUUCGAAAAAAACUAUAUCUAUAUUGUUUAGAGGCUCAACGUUCAUUUGCUUUGCGUGUUUGUUUGCUAUACCGAAUAUGGCUACACAGUCUGUUUUGCACAAUGAUACUACUUAAUUAGUUUAUGAGCAUAACCUGUGCCAUAGAUACUAAAAAAAAAUUGGGUUGACAAGAUAUGAAAAGCAAACACAAUGGAAUUAUUUUAUUUUCUAAUUAAAAAAAAUAAAUAAAUAUAUAUAUAUCAUAUUGCUUAGCAGCGGCUCGAAGAAAGAUGGCUUUAUCUUUUUCCUCUCCGUUGCGUAUUGAGUUAAAAUCACCAUGGUGCUGAUUUAUUUGGUUUUCACUGGCAUAUCACGCUAUUUGAUUGCAAGUCUAACUUAGUUUUUUUUCAACAAAUUUUUUUUGAAACCUUAGAUUAAUUUUGUGGCUUAAAAUAAGAAUACCAUUUCCUGCAUCAACUCUAGUAUCUUGUGUUGCACACGCGGCACUACAUACAUAUUGAAUCGGUAGAAUUUUAACUUGGCGGGGCGUAUUUUUUUAUUAGAUGCUGGAUUGCAACAAGAACAACACAAAUCAAUUGUUAAAAAAUAAACUGAACAUAUUAAAAAUUUUCUCUUUUUACUUGUACAUUUUCUUGCUCCACUUUUUGACUGAAUUGACACUUUUGAAUUUUAAAUAUUGUUAUUAACUUAAAUUACUGUGGUAUUUAAAAUAUUUGUGUUGUUUAAUAUUUUAGAAUAAGCGUUUUUAACAGUAUUUAUAUUUUCAAUAAUUUCAAUAUUUUCAUUUAACUUCAGAAAACGAGGAAUUUAUUAGGAAGUAGUUACAUGCGACAAAAGCUGAAAUUGGAUGAUUAGAUGGAAUAAAUAUCUACCAUAAACUCUAGCAAGUUAAUCUGCAAUUUUUUAAAAAUCUUUUGAUCACUUAUCUCUUAAUUUAUUAUGAUAACUGUAAGUUCUAUAAAUUUUUCUGAUUUCGGCCAAAACCAAUAACAGUCCGAAAGUUUAAAAAUGACUUUCGGCCGAAGACAAAAAAUUAGCCGAAAUUUUAAAAAAUACUUUUCGGCCGAAACCGAAAGCUUGAAGAGAAUUUCCGCCGAAACCGAAUCCGAAGCCGAAAAUGAAAUAUUUAGAUAUUUUGAAAGUCCUAAAUACAUACACUCUGCAUACAUCGAAAAUGAUAGGGAAGGUAUGAAUAUUUAAAUUAUUUUUAUAAAAAUGAGAUAAUAGUGAAUAUUAAUAAAUAAACAUCUAAUAUAGGGGUCACAAACUCGCGGCCAGCGAGCCAUUUGUGACCCGAAAGAUGAUAUCUUGCGGCCCGCUAAAUGACAGAAAAGUUUAGUGUUUUUUUGUGCCGGCGCUUUUUGCCACUUCUCAUAACGUGACUCUCCGCGACGGUUUCAGUCGAACCUCACCGACUAGUCUAAUUCUGAUUUUUGUCUUGUUUCUAUAUAUGAUUGUAUAUGAUGAUUAUAAUUUUGAGAGCCGUUUUAAAAUCGGAAAAAAAGUUUUUAUUUUAUAGUUUCUUAUGCGACAAACAUGGCAAAGAGUUCGGCUUUGAAAAAAGUUUUUAAAAGUAAGUUGGCGGGUUAUGCACUUUAACAAGUCAAAGUUCAGGGCCAAACUUACUGAUGAGGAUCUCCAAGCUAUACUGAGGGUCUCAGUUGCAUCCUCACUCAAGCCAAAGUAGCUCAGAUGUGUAAAAAGAAGCACUGCCAGGUCUCUGGCAACAGUGAGCAGGUGGAAGAAAGUAAAUCCUAGCUCUUGAGAACCCUUAAUUUUUUUCUUUGUUAUUAAUAAAGCUUGAGUAGGUUGUAUCUGUUGUUAAAGAAUUUGUAAUCGCCUUUUCGUGGAAUAAUCGAUGCGGCCUAGUCUCACUCAGAAUCUAUCACCUGCGGCCCCGCUGAUGAUUUGAGUUUGAGACCCUAGAUCUAAUGAAUACUUUGGAUUUUACCAUUUAAUUUAAAAUUAAUUUAAAUUGCUUUAAAAUUGUUUGAAAUUUGUAUCUUAGGAGAAAAUUUGGCAAAAAUUCGAGUGGGACGAGGGGGGGGGGGGAAUUAAUGCAAAAACAAAUUCUUGAGUGCCUUUUGCUUUUAUAAUAUAAUUACAACCUAUAAAAUAUAACUACAAUAAUUAUUGUGGCUCUAAUAUAGCCAAUUGCCACCUAAAUAUAUGUAAUUAAGAUUAUAAAAUGUCAGCACAAGUUCUCAAUGCUUUGUGUUUUCAUUAAUAGCUUGCAUAUCACCGUAUUAAUAUUUAACCUAAUAACUACAGACUAGUCUUUCAGUACUUGUCACUUAAUUAUUUCGUUUGUAGACCAGCCUCCCUCACACCCAUUGAUGGCGAAUUUUAUUUUUAAAAAACCGGGUCUCUUAAAAUAGUUUUCUCAUCAUUGGUCUGGACGUAGAGUCGCAAAAGACACCUAAAUUGGUCGCCAACAUCAUAAAAGUACACAGGUCUGCAGUAGACCUGCUACAUAAUUAUAAGACGAAACUGUGAUACAUGCAAACGCAUAUUUUAUCGCUAAUAACAACGUUUAUAAGCAUGAUAAUAAUUUAUUUUAAGAAAUGAGUGGUUUGAAAAGGCAUAAGUUUGCUUUCUAACCUUUAAAAAAAAAUAAUAAUCAAUCAAAAUGUAAAUUUUACCAUUCCCAUGGAUGAUGCAAUAUUAUUUACCUUUGCCUAUGACAACAUUGAUAAGCAUGAUAAUGAUUAAUCAAAAUGAAUACCAAAAAUGAAGAAAUUGAAUAAACGUACGAUGCCCCACCAUGAGGAUCGAUCCUCUGCCAGCUCCUCCCAGUUUGAGAUGUCGAUGUUGGCCGACUUCAUGCCUCUUUUGCAUAUUUCUAAGUAUAUAUGACAAGGCCGUCCAACUGACCUUUUCCCUGUCGCCAGCUCGCUGUAUGGCACGUCCUUUGGUAUGCGACCAGGUUGAUUCGCUUGACGUGUCUAGGCCAGCGGAGGCGUCUUUUGAAUAACAUGGCUGGGACGCUACACAUGUUUGUUUAGUAAAGGACAUCCGUGUUGGGGACUUUGUCUUGCCAUUUAAUGUCAAGGAUGUGGUGCAGGCAUCUGAGGUGGAAGCCAUUGAGCCUUCUUUCUUGUUUAGAGUAUGUGGUCAACGACUGGCAUCCAUACAGAAGUGUGCUCAGUACGCAGGCCUGGUACACCUGAAGCUUAGUUCUUGUUGUGAGUUUGGCGUUUGACCAGACUCUUUUCUUCAGUCUGGCCAUAACAGUAGCGGCCUUCCCUAUCCUCCCACUUAUCUCAUCCUCCAUUGAGAUAGUGCUCGAUAUGUUGGAUCCCAGAUAUGUGAAACUGUCAACAGUAUCCAAGUCGUAGUCGUCGAUGGCGAUAGUGGGGAGGGAGUCAGCGCCCUGUGCCAUAAUGUUAGUUUUCUUUAGGCUAAUUGUCAGGCCAAACUCUUUGCAGGCAGCGGAUAGGCUGGAUACGAGGCUCUGCAGGCCGUCAGCUGUGUGAGAUACCAAAGCGGCAUCGUCCCCAAACAAGAACUCCCGCAGGAAGACCUUUCUUGUUUUAGUCUUAGCUCUAAUGCGGGCAAUGUUGAAUAAUUUGCCGUCAUCUUUUUUAUUUAUGAUCUCACAUAUUAAAGAGGGAUUUUUUUUUUAUUUAAAAAAUAUAUUUAAUGAAUUAUUUCUUCAAGAAAUUGUUAUGUUUGGCUUUUUUUUUUUUAAUUUGUAGGUCACUUUUGAUAAUGAGAUAUUAAUAAGGUAACAUCGAUUUAUAUAGCUUAAACAUAAUAUUACCUUGUUAAGAAGCCUUAACUUUAAAUUAAUUUUAAAUCAACAGAUUGUUUAAGGAUCGUUCCAUUCUGUCCACCAGCAGAGGAAGGCAAAGAUUACACAUUGUCUUUCACGUUGACACACCCAAGUGAUCAGUAUAUAAAUGUCGCAAUUGUCAGAGAAGAAAUAGCCGUGGCAAGCUGUUCUUCUGCAAGUGUGUGCACAAAUUACCUUUCAUUUUUCUAUAAGGCAACAUCAUUUCGGAACGAAACAAAAUCGGAAAUUACGAUUUAUGUUACUAGUUAUAACAUGACCCGAACGAAUUUAGCAACUACACAUACGGACUGGUAUGUUUCACUAGAUGCAAAAGAUAUAGGCAGUU